AUGGUUUAUUGCGCGGCCCUGAACUGCCAGAACGCCACGAGCGGCGCCUACAAGAACAGCUCUGUCUCUUUUUAUGGGUUCCCUUUACAAAACCCUGCCCUCCUGAGGCAGUGGAUCCACAACAUGGGCCGGGACAUGGAUACCCCCUCCAAAUACCAGCGCCUGUGCUCGAAACAUUUCGAGGAGAGCGCCUUCGAGAGGGAUCCUUUGAAAGUCCGCAAGAGCCGGCGCCUGCUGAAGGAAGCUGUUCCCAGCAAAUUCCUUCUGGGGGAAGAUGGGAAUUGGCUCGUGGGGACCCCACAGGGUAUCUGUGAUGCAAUGAAGAACAAAACCCGAAAACGGAUCCGGAAUCCGGAGCWUUGCCGUGGUGGUGCCACCAUCACAUCCCAGGUGCAGAGUGCAGGAGGCACCCAACUGCACAAAUCAUCCUUGGGAACAUCCCAAGACCACAGCUCGCACCAGGGGGAGACAUCGGGGAGUCGCCCCAAUCCGGCAACAAACCCGGCAAAUCCCAAGGGAAUGGGCAGCAGCAGCCACUUCCGUGCGUGGGGAGACCUGGACGAGUUCAAGCAGUUCCUGCGGGACCACCAGGGGCGGCCGGAGGAGGCGGCGGUGCCGUGGUUCAUCUGCACGGAGUGCGGCAAGAGCUUUGCGCGCCACGCGUACCUGCUGCGGCACCAGCGCACCCACGCGCAGCAGUGGCCCCACGCCUGCGCCGAGUGCGGCCGCAGCUUCCUGGACAAACCCACGCUCAAAGACCACCUCAGAACGCAUUUCAACAUCAUCUGCGUUCCCAGGGUGGCCUCCCUAGGGUAGAUGYCGCCAGGCAGCUCUCAAAAAUCCUGCUCAGGCCAGAGGUGGUGGGUUAUAGUCCCAUGUGGGUUAGAGGGGAGUUCGGGGAUGAGGCAGUUUUCCUACACUGAAUCAAGUUCUGAUUCAGUUUGGUGUUGGCCUAAUAGCCAUUGAUUAGGACCUGAUUUUAGUUCGUGGCUGGAUAAUUCCUGUUCUUAUCAGGCUCCAUCCAACUCCUCCUUGGAGAAGGAGAAGGAGAGAGCAGCGCUGGCUGUACCAAGAGUGGCAUUGAGAAAACCUUGUGCACCAAAGAGCACGUGCCGGAGAGCAUCCAGGGUAGCACAGAGAAACACUGGAAGUUUUCAGRGAUGAAAAAUGGAGAAUUGGGAAUGGGGUUUUCCCCCAGUAAGUUGAUGUUUGAAGCAAUCAGUUCCRGGCAUUAUUUCCCCAUUUUAGCUGCUUUCCCAUGACUGUACCUGCUGAACUAAUGCUGGUUUUGGGCUCUAUUUUUGUAUUAACUCUGUAUUUCCUUUGGGGUGAGAUGCUGCUUUGGCUUCUGAAUUUCUGAGGGGAUAAACCCCAUGRAUAUUUUCUUCCUGUGUGUGCCAUGUGUCAGUGAUAUUCCUCUGUGAAGUGGGGAGCAGGGAGAAAGUGAGAGGAGAGGAGGGGGAGCCUGUGGAAGCAGCACGUGGAGAUCUUGUGUUUUCUCCCCAUGUUCUGGUGGUUUUUGGCAUUUUUGAUUAUUUCAAAAUAAUCAAAAUAAGUUGAGUGCCAAGAGGGAAAGUGUGUUGCCUCAGCUGGAGGGGUUGUCCUAGGAUGGAUGACUGUAUUCUYAUCACCUGCCUAUGCCCAGAGAAAAAAAACAACCCUUGCUGCACUGGCGAGAGUUUAUGGUUUUGUUAUUCCUUCCCCACUCAAGGACAGUG